UCUCUCCAUUUUCCUCUGUUUCUUAUUACUUAUUGAUUUUUCUAUAAAAACCCCAUUUCUAUUUGCAAACUCCUCUUACUACGACUUUGCUCCACCCACUUUUCUCCAUAAUUUUCAGCCAUGGCAGAUCGAUUUCUCACACCCUUUCUACUUUUGGCCUUUUUCACCAUCUUUGCUUCCCACAUUUCAGCUACAACAAUGACAUUAUACAACAAAUGUAGCCACCCAGUUUGGCCAGGAAUCCAGCCAAGUGCAGGUAAACCGAUUCUGGCUCGUGGAGGGUUUAAGCUACCGCCGAACAAGGCAUACAGACUUAAUAUGCCGGCUGGGUGGUCCGGUAGAGUUUGGGGCCGCCAUGGAUGCGCUUUUGAUGCUGCUGGUCGUGGACGCUGUGCAACUGGGGACUGUGGUGGUUCACUUUUUUGUAAUGGAAUUGGUGGUACCCCUCCGGCUACUCUCGCUGAGAUUACUCUGGGCAAUGAACAGGAUUUCUACGAUGUGAGUCUCGUAGAUGGCUACAAUCUCGCCAUCUCUGUAACUCCAGUCAGAGGCAAAGGGAAAUGCAGCUAUGCUGGGUGUGUGAGUGACUUAAACACAAUGUGUCCAGCAGGUCUACAAGUUCGUUCUCAUGACAAGAGUCAAGUAGUGGCUUGCAAAAGUGCUUGUUCAGCUUUCAAUUCACCAAGAUAUUGUUGCACUGGAACUUUUGGUAACCCACAAACUUGCAAGCCAACAGCAUACUCAAGGAUAUUCAAAACUGCUUGCCCUAAAGCUUAUUCAUAUGCUUACGAUGAUCCCACUAGUAUUGCCACUUGCACUGGUAGCAGCUACGUCCUCACUUUCUGUCCUCACCAUUAAUCUUGUCUUCUUCUUUUUUCACUGUCAUCAGAUCAGAUCAAAUCAAAUAUAUAGUACUCGUGAUUUUUGUCUUUCAUCUAAUAUCUCUCUAGGUUAAAUUCCUAGCUACGUUUAUCUUUAAUUACUAGUUGUAUUUUGUAUUAUAAUGAUCAUCGUCAAGUGUUAUUGUCACUAGUGGUGUACCUUUCUAAUUAAUUGGCAGCAGUAAUCAGAUUUAGUUAUUAUGUCUAA